CCCAAAUUGCACAGCAUAAAAUAUUCUACAAUAAAAAAGAGACACGUCCAAAUAAUAAGGAUAACAAGAGAGUACAUAUAUAUAUUGAUAUAAACACAAACACAUGGUCAUAAACAAAAUGAGCUCAUCCUUGAGCUUCAAUAUCCCAAAGGCUUUGCCUUCUCUUCCUCAAUGCAAAUUUCACCCUCUUUCCACUCCAUUAAAUAAAAAACAACCCCGUAUCUUCACGCCACACAAGUCGUAUAAACUCACAAUUGUGAAUCAGAAAAAAAGUGACAAUGGAUUUGCUUUGAACAAAUCCCAUUUGGCAAUCCAAGUUGGAGCACUUUUAACAACCAUUGUCAGUGAACCGGCUUUUGCGAUAACCGGAGUAAACGAUGAAGAGGAUAUUGUGUGGGUGUUGAUACAAUUAGCCAUAUCUGCAUUCUUCUAUUUUCUAGUUGCACCACCAUUUAUCAUGAAUUGGUUAAGGACAAGAUGGUUCAAGAGAAAUCUUUUGGAGAUGUAUGUGCAAUUUAUGUUUGUCUUCCUGUUCUUCCCGGGGGUGUUGUUGUGGGCUCCAUUUUUGAACUUUAGGAAAUUCCCGAGAGAUCCGGACAUGAAGUACCCUUGGUCUGUCCCCGAAGAUCCUUCUAAAAUCCGUAAUAACUAUAAAAAAUUCCCUUGGGCUACCAUUGAUGAUUAUGAAGUCUAAAUUGUUCCCCUUCAUUUGUUAUGUAUCAUAAUAACAACACACAUUUUACUCCACUUUUUUAUUUUUUUAUGUUUUCAAGUAUAUAAUGCACACAACCAACUCAUAUUGUAAUUAUUCCGCAUUGAAUUUGGUCUGAACGUGCAAAAGACGUAAAUAACCCCACCCAUCAUUCAAGAUAUCAAAGCCGAACAACUUUAAUAAACCUUAAAGUUAAAGUCAACAUCCACCUCAACCGAAAAAAGAAAAAAAAAAUUGAUUAAAAACAUGUUUGAUCUUCAUCUAUUUCUAGGAAAAGGGAAAACUUAAAUAAAAAGCAACUCGUUCUCUCUCUCUUUUUUUUUGUUCUAAACCAAGGGUAUUUUCGUCUUUUUUUAACCUCACGUUAGGGAUUCCGGGAGGGUGUGUCUUGUUAAGUAGAGUAGUGGAUGUUGAGCAUGGAGGGUAUUUUGGUCAAAUCCAAAGAUUCGAGGGUGGUUGGAGGGGUGAAAGCAACCGCGACACCAAUGGCAAUGACAAUCAGAGCCAUUCCUU